AUGAACCUCACGAUCCCUCGCCUAAACCUCCUCUUCCUCCUCGUCUGGCUCCUCCUCCUUCUCAUCUCGUACCUCAACUCCUACGACGACCCCUCCUCCAUCUUUUAUUCCGAAACCGCAUCCUACACCCCUCGGCACAGCAAACUCCUCUCUCACCAAGCCGAUUUAUACCUCGCCAACCCGCCCCCUAGACCUCCUCCCCCCUCCGACGAAAACGACAACAAAUUCCUCUGCAUCGGCAUCCCCUCCAUAAACCGCACCACCCAGUCCUUCCUCAAGCACACAAUCGGCACCCUCCUCCUCCCCCUCUCCCCCGCCCAGCGUUCGUCGGUCCACUUGGUUGUCUUGCUAGCCGACCGUCCAGCGGCAAAACACAGCGCGUAUGGGGAGGGGUGGUUGGAGAAGGUUGUUGAUGAGGUUCUCAUUUACGAUGACCCGCCACCUUCUGAGGGGGGGGUAUACAAAAAGGUGCCGUUUGAGCUUGUGGACGGCCGAGAAAGGGGGAAGACGAGGGUUGAAAACAUGAGGCUGGAUCACUCCCUGUUGGUGGAGACUUGCAUGAACCAUGGGAGUGAGUAUUUCGCCUUGGUGGAGGAUGAUGUUGUCGCUUCAGGGGAUUGGCUUACCCGACUGAACAAAGGGUUGGGGUUUCUGGAGGGGAGGAAAGGGGAGGAAGAGUGGUUGUAUCUGAGGUUGUUUCACUCGGAACUGUUGAUGGGGUGGAAUAGUGAGGAGUGGAGGAUGUACCUCGGUUGGUCGUGCACAGUCUACGCGAUUGUGCUCGUCUCGUUUUUGGUGCUACGAUCAAAAAGGUGGUUGUGUUUUGGGAGGUUGGGGAGGCAGAACGCGGAUGUGUUUCGGUAUGCGACUGCGAUGGUGUUUGGUCUUUGGCUGCCGGCGUUGAUUGCGCUCUGGUUUCUUUCUGGGAGGGUUUCGACAAGUAGGAUCAACCCUUUCGCUUGGACGUCGCACGGGGUGAGGGAGAUGAUGAACUAUGGGUGUUGCGCGCAGGGGCUGGUGUUCCCUAGGAGGCAGCUCCCUGGGGUUUUUAAGCUGAUGAGGUACCCGCCUUAUCGGUUUCCGGGGGAUAUGAUACUGGAGGGGUACGCGGGGGAUCACGGGCUCAGAAAGUGGGCAUUGGAUCCGAGUGUGCUUCAGCAUGUGGGCUUUACCGAGAGCUCGGCCGGGCCGAGGAGGGCGGAGGUGUGGAACUUUAGUUUUGAGAGGUUGACUCCAAAGACGACGGGUUGGGGGUGGGGGGGUUAG